GAUAUAGUACGAUGUUGGUCGCGACCCGGUUCGCUCUCGACCAGCGGCCAGCAUGUCCACCGCCAUCGACACCGGCAGCCUUAGGCAGCGUCCUGUGAACGGCAUUCGCCACACUCCCUCUGAGCAGGGCAAGGAGACCGACAAGCUCCUCGACUCGCACACCGAGUAUGAGUUUGGCGGGCCAUGGGGCGUCGUGUCUAUUAUGACCGGGUUCCCCAUCCUCAUGUACUACCUGUGGAUCUGUCUUGUCUUUUACGAUGGCCACCUCGUCUUCCCGCACUCCGUCAAUGACAUUGGACCGUUCUUUGGUCGUAUGUGGGAGCAUAUCCGUGUCGAUGCAAGUCCCAACUUGUAUGCCUGGAAAGUCUACGGCGGUCUUAUCCUUUUCCAACUCUUCCUCGCCUGGUGGGUCCCCGGUUACAUGCAGGAAGGCCUUCCUGUCCCGUCAUUGAACUACAAGACCCUGAUGUACAAGUGCAACGCUCUGGGUUGCGUCUACAUUACCUGGGCUACUGCUGCCGUCCUACACUAUACUGGUAUCUUCCGCCUGACGGCCAUCAUCGACAACUUCGGACACCUCAUGACCGUAGCGAUGAUAGUCGGCUUUGGAGUUUCCUUUGGCAUGUACUUCCUAACUGUCGCGACUGGCAACCAGAUUCGCAUGUCAGGCAGCUUCAUCUAUGACGUGUUCAUGGGAGCAUGCCUCAACCCGCGUAUUGGUCCUAUCGACCUCAAGAUGUGGCUCGAAGUCCGCAUCCCUUGGGUGCUCGUUUUUUUCAUGUCGGUUUCCGGUGCUUGCAAGCAGUACGAGACAUACGGCUACGUCACUCCUAACAUGGCGUUCAUGUGCCUGGCUACCUGGCUAUAUCUCAACGCUUGCAUCAAGGGUGAAGAGUGUAUUCCUCAGACUUGGGAUAUGUUCCACGAGAAGUGGGGUUUCCUUGUCAUUUUCUGGAACUUCGCUGGCGUGCCCUUCUCGUACAUCUACUCUGUGGUGUAUAUGGCUACUCAUGAUCCUGAGAAUUACCGCUUCUCCACUGUGACCUAUGUCAUUCUGUUUACCACCCUUCUUACCGCAUACUACAUCUUCGACACUUCCAUGUCGCAAAAGAGUCGCUUCAAGAUGCAGACUCAGGGCAUUUUCGAGUACCGCAAUACAUUCCCUCAGCUGCCGUGGGGCACGCUUCAUAACCCGAAGUUCAUCCAGACUGCUCAUGGUAACCGUCUGCUCAUCGACGGCUGGUGGGCUUACUCGCGCAAGCCGAACUACGUCGCGGACUGGAUCAUGAGCUUGACCUGGGGUCUCUGCCAGGGCACCUGCUCACCUAUCCCGUACUUCUACUCCGUCUUCUUCAUCGCUGUCCUUGUUCACCGUGUCGGCCGUGACUUUGAGCGCUGUGCGUUGAAGUAUAGCAAGGAUUGGGAGCGGUAUUGCCAAGCCGUUCCUGCGAAGUUCAUUCCGGGGAUCUUUUAGUGAGCCCCAGAACCGCUAUCAAAAACGUCUUUAUUCGAUGUAUACCCUUGGUAAUAUUUCCAGGCUGUGGUAAUACUUGCAUAGCAUCCAUAUUAUCGUACUCACAUGAUGCGUUCCGUGACAUGCUCUAUCUCGAUAUAAUAGCCUCUUUUGCCGUGUACUGAGUCUCGGACCGAUCUGCAGAACAUCUGUCUUGUGUAGCAAGCCUAAUGUCACUCAAUCUAGGGGAGUGGAUCAUUCUUGUGUCGUAACGUCGUAUUGACCCUCGGCGAAGUGAUAGCCCCGGCGCCUGAUUCCAUCCGACUCUCACGAUGUUUUCGCAGCGACCAGAGGUACG